UUACUCUUCCUUUCCCCUCUCUCCUUGUCGUCAAUAAACUGAUCAGAGAAAGAAGAAAAAAAAAUGGCAAAGACAAAACAGUGAGAAAGAAGAGAAAAAGUGAAGAAAAAAAUCAGAGGAAAAAUCAGGGAAAAAUAGACAAGACCUUGGAAGACUUUCUUUCAUCCUCUAUCUCAGUUCCUUGCUGUAUAGAAUAUCAGAAGUUCAGUAGCAGGUUCAGUGUAAGGGGGAGGAUCAAGUGAGUUCUUCUGUGCAUCAGUUGUUGUGGUUCCUUUCAGCUUGUUCGAGAUCAGUUCCAAGCUUUCUUAAAUUUCGGUUUCAAGACUUAUUUUAAGGUAACCAUUAGGCGGGAGACACUUUUCUCUUUUUUGGACUAGAAGGAACGGCGUAAUCAGCGAUGCCACCGAGACAGGCCAGACGUGGUGGAGCUUAUCUACCGGUACCUAUUUCCUCAUCUCCAGACUCUUCACCGCCAUCUACUCCGGCACCACUUCCGACCCCUAGCUUUGAGGUUACACCUUCGGGCUCUAGCUUUGAGUCUGAUCCAUCUGAGGAUUCACAUGAGUAUAUUCCACUUCAAAUGCCGAUGCCUGGGUCACCAGAUCCGUAUUACACAGAUAUAGAGGUCGAUGUUGUUCAUGAUCAUCCUGCCGAUCAUCCUGCCGCUCAUGCUGCUGCCGCAGAAGAUGUUCCACACGUCCAUGCUGAAGCACCACCAGCAGCACAACCUGCGCCAGCGCCAGCGCCAACUGAUCCAGAGAUAGUGGCACUUCUAGAAUUGAUGGCGGAGAUGGUAAACUUACAACAUCAAGCUCUUAAUGCACAGCGUGCGCAGCCAGCUCCGGUACCUACCACGUCACAUCCAGGCUUCUUGAAGAUUGUUAUGCUCAUGAAGAACUUUGGUACUAGACACUACCGAGGAGAGACUGAUCCGUUCGAGGCUGAUGCAUGGUUACAUAACCUUGAAGGAAACUUUCGGGCGACUCGCUGUCAGGAUGAGUUCAAGAAAGAUGUGGCUGUGUACUACUUGGAGAAGGAUGCAUUGAGCUGGUGGUUGUGAGUAGACUGCUACCUUGGUAAUGUGACAACUACUUGGUCAGACUUUCGUCAAGCAUUUCAGCGGAAGUAUUUUCCACCAGAGGCUAGAGAUCGUCUUGAGGCUCAGUUCAUGGCGUUGGUACAUGGAGAUAAUUCUGUUAGAAGGUACGAAUCAGAGUUCACCCGUCUAAAGCGUUACGUUCACUACGGUCAGGAAGACGAGCCUAUGAUUAUCAGGAAGUUCCUUCGAGGACUUAGUCCAUACAUUAGGAGCCGUCUUGAAGCUGUUGAGUUUGGUAGACUUUCUGACUUGGUGGAGCGAGCAGUGAAUGUAGAAGAAGCUAUCAUCGCGGAACGGGCAUCGUCGAGUCAUUCCGCAGAAAUACGACGCCAGGCUACUCAGAGUCAGCGACCGUCUCCGUCCAUGAUGCAUCGAGGUCAUAGAGGCAGAGUAGUUCGUGGAGGACGUUCAGGAGGACAUCGUCAGAGAACUCAAACUUGCUUUGGUUGUGGCCAGAGGGGCCAUAUAGCUAGAGAAUGUCCGAAUGGAGGACAAUACAGGCCGGCGGUACCACCCAGUGUUACUUGCUUCACGUGUGGAGAGCGAGGACAUUACGCAACAUAUUGUCCUCGUACCCAUCCUACAUCUUCAGAUGCACCACGAGCUCCACAGGCUGGAUCAUCUCGUUCCCCUUUACCCUUUCCCAUACCACCAGCGAAGCGUCAGGCCAUUUCUGGUAGGGCCUAUGCCUUAGAGUAACCUGGACCACCGGGACCACCGAAGGGUCCUAUCACAGGUAACCAUUAGGCGGGAGACACUUUUCUCUUUUGGACUAGAAGUACCGGCGUAAUCAGCGGUAGUUUUUGUUGUCCUUGCAAAGAACCUUUUGAUGUAUACUUAAUGUAAAAUGUUGUUGGGCGAUAGGCCGCAGGA